UCCACGUGGGCAGCGAUACAGAUGGGCACAGGGAUUAGGAGACUGGGAAGCCGCAUCCAAUCUCCCCACCCGACCCGCGCCGCCGUGCGCCACCACCUCCUCGCGGCCAACGCAGCCUCCGCGCCGUCAGCGAUAGCCCAACCCCAGCUGAGCCGAUGGCGGCGGCGCUAUCCGCGCUCCCGCGCGCCGCUGCGCGCCUCGCGCUGCGUGGCGGCUGCCGGCCUCCCUUCCGCGCCCUAUGCGCCGCCGCGCCGUCUCCGGCGCCGCGGAGGCUGGUGCUGUACACCAAGCCCGGGUGCUGCCUCUGUGACGGCCUCAAGGAGAAGCUCCGCGCCGCCUCCCUGCUCACCGGCACUCCGUACUCCCUCGCGUCCCUCGAGCUCCAGGAGAGGGACAUCACGACGAAUCCGGAGUGGGAGCGGCUGUACCAGUACGAGAUCCCGGUGCUCGCCAAGGUGCUUCCCGACGGCACCGAGGAAGUACUUCCCAGAUUAUCGCCCCGUCUAAGUGUGGAGUUGGUACAGAAGAAAAUAUAUUCUGCGCUUGAUGAGUAAGGAGACCUGUUUUUUGGGGACAAAAAUGAGUUAGUUUUAUGAAUUAAUAGCUCCAUCUGUAAGAUUGCCAAUUGAUAACAUGAUGGUUGGUGUAACGUGUUCUUCAUUGAAAUACAUGAUUUUCAACUUGCUUGA